AAUAGAGCUGUUUCUUGAAGAGAAUGAAGUCGAAAACUAAACACCUAUUAUAAUUUUUUGUCUCAUUUAAGACAAACAGUUGGUUUUAUGAAAACGUCAUUUGAGAUUUUUCUACCUUGCAGGUUCGGUUACCCUCAAUGGACGGAAGGGUUGCCUUGGUUCCUUGGGCAGAUAUGUUGAAUCAUAGUUGUGAUGUGGAUACCUUUUUGGAUUAUGAUAAUUUAUCAAAGGGAAUUGUCUUUACUACAGAUCGGCCGUAUCAACCAGGUGAGCAGGUGUUCAUUUCAUAUGGAAAAAAAUCAAAUGGGGAGCUUCUAUUAUCGUAUGGGUUUGUUCCAAGGGAAGGCGCCAAUUCUUGUGAUUCAAUUGAGUUGUCAGUGUCACUCAAGAAAUCUGAUAAAUCCUACAAGGAGAAAUUAGAACUCUUGAAAAAGUAUGGAUUAUCAGGAUCUCAAUGUUUUCCAAUACAGAUUACUGGUUGGCCAUUGGAGUUAAUGGCUUAUGCUUAUUUAGCUGUUAGUCCUCCAAACAUGUGA